UGUGGUCCGGAGAUCUGGUGGAAGUGAAUUCCAAAGUCUCGGGGCAGAACAACUGAAGGCUCUGAGUCCCACUGCAGUCAGGCAAACAGGUGGAACAGACAGAAGGGAAGCUGAAGAAGAGCGGAGUGUAUGAUGGGGACUGUACAGUCUGUAUGAUCAUAAGAGAGUGGAUACUUCAGCAUCUGCGGACACCAUGGUUCAUCAGUCAGCCUGUCUGCUGCUGCUCACUUGUCUGCCUGGAUUUUAUGGCAACACAACUGAGCUACUUAGAACCACAGCAGACCCUACAUAUGGACCAUCCUCAGUGGUGCUCAGUGGGGUUGACGUAGUGACUCUGGGCAUACUGUACAGUUUUCAGUGCUCGGCCAGUUGUUACCCUGCAUGUCAGUUCACCUGGACCUGGGGGAAUGUGACUUCCCAGGGCCCAGAGCUGAGCCUGCAGCUUACACAACUACAGGCAAACCAAAACCUGACGUGCACAGCUGUCAAUCCUGUUACCAAAACAGCAGCCACUGCCCAAAAGAUGCUGCAAACAGCAGCCGGACCUUCAAACGUACAGAUACGUGGCCCAGGAUUUCUCACUACAGGAGUUGCGUCCAACUUCACCUGCUCGGCUGAGUGCUACCCCUCCUGCAACUAUACAUGGAGAGUUGACUUCGAUGGCGUGACAUUCAGUACUAUAGAAGGAAACCCGGUUUCCAUCGUUCCACCUCCCAGUACUCUCUCUGGGUCUCUGACCUGCAAAGCUAAGAACUCCCUCUCACAUCUUUACAUCUCCACAACUCUGCCUCUGCAGGUGGCAUAUGGACCAGCUUCAAUAGUCAUGAAUGGGGUUGACGUAGUGACUCUGGGCAUACUGUACAGUUUUCAGUGCUCGGCCAGUUGUUACCCUGCAUGUCAGUUCACCUGGACCUGGGGGAAUGUGACUUCCCAGGGCCCAGAGCUGAGCCUGCAGCUUACACAACUACAGGCAAACCAAAACCUGACGUGCACAGCUGUCAAUCCUGUUACCAAAACAGCAGCCACUGCCCAAAAGAUGCUGCAAACAGCAGCCGGACCUUCAAACGUACAGAUACGUGGCCCAGGAUUUCUCACUACAGGAGUUGCGUCCAACUUCACCUGCUCGGCUGAGUGCUACCCCUCCUGCAACUAUACAUGGAGAGUUGACUUCGAUGGCGUGACAUUCAGUACUGCAGAAGGAAACCCGGUUUCCAUCGUUCCACCUCCCAGUACUCUCUCUGGGUCUCUGACCUGCAAAGCUAAGAACUCCCUCUCACAUCUUUACAUCUCCACGACUCUGCCUCUGCAGGUGGCAUAUGGACCAGCUUCAGUAGUCAUGAAUGGGGUUGACGUAGUGACUCUGGGCAUACUGUACAGUUUUCAGUGCUCGGCCAGUUGUUACCCUGCAUGUCAGUUCACCUGGACCUGGGGGAAUGUGACUUCCCAGGGCCCAGAGCUGAGCCUGCAGCUUACACAACUACAGGCAAACCAAAACCUGACGUGCACAGCUGUCAAUCCUGUUACCAAAACAGCAGCCACUGCCCAAAAGAUGCUGCAAACAGCAGCCGGACCUUCAAACGUACAGAUACGUGGCCCAGGAUUUCUCACUACAGGAGUUGCGUCCAACUUCACCUGCUCGGCUGAGUGCUACCCCUCCUGCAACUAUACAUGGAGAGUUGACUUCGAUGGCGUGACAUUCAGUACUGUAGAAGGAAACCCGGUUUCCAUCGUUCCACCUCCCAGUACUCUCUCUGGGUCUCUGACCUGCAAAGCUAAGAACUCCCUCUCACAUCUUUACAUCUCCACGACUCUGCCUCUGCAGGUGGCAUCGGCAAACCGCAGCCUGGCCACUCGUCCUGAAGAAACUUCAGCUGUGCUGCUGCUGGCCUUCAUCAUUCCUGCUUCCUUCACACUUUGAUCGAAUAGCAACAGAUUUUCAGGCCUUUGUGAAUCACCUCAAGAAAAAAUGGCUUCGACCAGUAGAGGGUGAAUGACUCACCUGCAACCUGACAAUGCAGCACUCUAUGCUUGUCUCACUUGUUUACAAUGGGCCGGUCUCUAUUUGUACUUUCUAAUCAGUGAAGCUGAAGGGACUUUCAUAUCAGACUGUACAGAAGGGAGGGCGCAUACGAGGCGUAGCUAUUAAGAUAUUUGUGACAUUCUUCAGCAUGUGAACAAGAACGACUUACACGUGGUGAGAUAUUUUCUUCUGUAUCCUGAAAAUCUGAACAAAUAAAAUCUGACCGUGCAG